AUGAAUUAUAUUACAUUAAGAUUCAAUAAUUCAGAGUUUGAACAUCGAUAUUCCUCUUAAAGGAAAAGCCUUUAAUUAUAGAGUUAAACUGUUUAUCGACUUUUUCUCAUAAUAUUAAUAUUAUUUGAAAUUCUUGAGAACGUAUUACAAAAACUGUGGUUUGAAACUAUUUUAAAUUUACUUGGACUUUUAAUCAUGUUGUUUGGCUAUAUUUUUAAAUAAUAAUUAGCCUCAUUUAACAAUACAUUAACAUUAAUAGCAAUUAUAAUUUACAACAUUUAACAUCCUAUUAAAUAUGGUUUUUUAAAUCAUUUCAAUGAUAGAGAAGUAUUAGAAAGCUACUUCAUUUGUUUAGGAACUAUGGGGUAAAAUAAUUAAAUAUUUUAGAAUCAUCUCUUAAUGGAGUUAUUUAGUAAAAACCUUCAUUACAAUUAUAGUACUCAUUCUUAAUAUUACAUCUCUUUACUUAGUUUCUGAUGGUUGGAGAGAAAUUUUAUUAUUUAUUUUUUCUAGUAUAAUAGCAAUAUACAGUUAUUAUAUUAACGAAUGGUAAACUAGAAUCUCAUUUAUUAUUAUGAAUAAUAAAGACAUUGUUGAAGACAAUUUAUAUAAAUAGAUAGAUAUUUAAUCUUAUAUUGUCCACUAUAACUUAGGGAAUAAUUCAAUUGAUUUAAUCAGACAAAAUAGAGUCUCAUAAAUUACUGAAAUUAAAUAAAACAGUUUCAUUAAUUUGAUUAGGAGUAUUAAAGUGAUUUUAUUCAGCUAAAGAAGAAGGAAGUCUAUUAUACAAUCUUCUUAAAUGUUAAAUCAAUCUAAUAAACUAAAUUUAGAAUAAUUUUUGUACUAUUUAUUUAUGAAUCAUGAGAAAAUGUAAGAAAUAACAAAAAAUUGUACUUAAGAUAAUUAAACUUAUGAAUUGAUUGGAUUAAUUGGAUUAGAUGUCCAUCAUAUUAAAAUUAUACGUACUGAAGAUACAAAACCUUGUCUAAUAAUUUUGAUCAAAGAAAACAGAAGAGAAUCUUAAAAUAAAUCAUUAAAAUAUAAACUGAAAAUAAAUAACAAACUUUUAACUUAGGUUUAAGAAAGUAUAUAGUCUAGAAUAAGGAUGUGUUUAAUUUAUCUCAAAUAAAUUUUAUAAUAUGAGACGUCGAAGAAAAAUAAAAGGUAAGAAUUUGAUAAUCAAAAAGUAAUUUUAUUCUUAAAUAGUCAAAUAACGAAAACCUACACUGAUAUUAACAACAUACAAGAUUUUGCGAACUUGAAUUCUAAAUUUGCCAAAAUUGUUCUAAAUCAUUUUGAUAUUGUGAAUAGUAUACAAGAAUGUAUUUCAAUCUUUAACGUUCUUUUCCCUAAAAAAGAUAAUAGAAAAAUAAAACUAAUUUCUCAUUUGACUGAUAAUCGUAUUUAUACUGAUUAAAAAAAACUAAAGCAGUUACUUAUAAAUUGCUUAUUCUUUAUUUUCUAAAAUACGGAAUAAAUUAUAAUUGAGUUGAAGGAUGAAGUGAGUCAAGAUGGUUUAAAUUAAAAAUUCAUAAAAUUUGACAUAAUUUACUCUGGUCAAAUUUUCACAGCUGAAAAGAUUAGUAAAUUACCAAUUCUCAAUCCAUAAAGUUUAGAGGAAUUAAGACAUAAUAGCUAUUAAUAAUUAAAUUUAGAAAUUCCUAUAGCAUUGAUGAUAAUCAGAUAAAUUGGACCCUAUAAAUAAAUUCAUUUUAAACAAAAUGGUAUUGAAAAAUAGAAUAAACUCUCAUUUUAUUUAUUUAGAUAAUUAGAGGAAUUUCACUUAAUUCCAAUAAUAUCUUUGCAUCCUUCAUAAAAUCUGAUAACAAGUUAAAAAUUUUUUAAGAAAUCUUCAAAUGUAUAUAAAACAGAAAAAUAUAAUGCGACUGAAGAACCUCAUUUAGAAACAUUCCGUUAAAUAAGUGAAUAAAUGAUAUCUAAAAUUUGA